AUGUCCCUGGCUGGCUUGAAGUGUCUGGUGACGGGAGCAGGCGGGUUUCUUGGCCGCACGAUUGUUUGCCAGUUGCUGGAGGAAGGAGAGAAACUGGCUGAGGUUCGCGCCUUGGACAAAGCGUUCAGCGCGGAGACACUUCAGCAUUUUGGAGAUCUGAAGAGUUCGACUCUCUUGACAAUCAUGAAAGGAGAUAUCCGGGACGCGGCGUUCCUUCGGGAAGCCGUCCAAGGGAUCACAAUCGUCAUCCACUCCGCUUGCGUCAUUGACACCCUGGGCCUGGUAGACAAGCAGGUACUGUGGGACAUCAACGUCGGAGGGACCCAACAGCUGCUGGAAAUAAGCCUCCUCCAUGACGUCAAGUGCUUCAUCUACACCAGUAGCCUUGAAGUGACGGGUCCCAAUCACAAAGGGGACCCCAUGUACAACGGGGACGAAUACUCAAUCUACCACGUCACCGCCGGAUUUACUUACGCCGAAACUAAGAGAGAGGCGGAGAAAUCUGUCCUGGAGCUGGACGGACUGCCCCUGAAGGACGGCAGCAGUUUUGUGACGUGCGCGUUGAGGUCCAUGUAUAUUUUCGGAGAAGGGAGUCCUUUCCUUCUGAAGCACGUCGACGAAGGCAUCUUAAACCACAAGGUCUUCUUGAGGAUCUCCAGGAAGGAGGCCCUGGUCAACCCUGUCUACGUGGGGAAUAUCGCUUGGGCUCACAUCCAAGCUGCGAAGGCCAUGAGGAAUCCGGCAAAGGUCAGGCAGAUCCGAGGACAGUUCUAUUACAUCUCGGACGACUCUCCCCAUUUAAGCUACGCAGACUUCAACCACGAGCUGGGCAAGGAGUUAGGGUUUGGCGUGGAGCCCAAGCUGGCCAUGCCCCUGACGAUGCUCUACUGCUACGCUCUGCUGUUGGAGAUCGUGAGCUUCUUGCUCUGGCCUUUCGUCCGGUACGUCCCCGUCAUCAAUCGCCAGCUGCUGACUUUGCUGAACACCCCGUUCACCUUUUCGUACAAGAAGGCGCAGCGGGAUUUCGGCUAUACGCCUCGCUACAGUUGGGAAGAAGCCAAGCAGCGCACCGGCCGGUGGAUUGCCGAGGUGAUCCCGUCGAGGAUCGCCUACCUGAAAAGCAAGGAAGUCUAA